GUGGCAACCACAAAGUCCUUAGCAACCGCCUCGGAAAACCAGGCGGAAUGAUGGAGACGACAAUCUGCGCCCAAAAAUCCGUUUGGCAACAAGUGUGUGAAGAGUUUGAAGCAGAGCGGCCCAGUCCUCCCAGCAGCUCCCAGUACUCCAGGACACACUCCCCGCUCCUCACCACAGCCAGAGUGUUUGUGGAUGAGGAUCCUCUGGGAGACUUUCACUUGCUGCUCGGCUGCUCACAGACAGAAAAACCUCCAGCUGCAUCUGAACGUCCAGCCACGUGUUUCUUGGAGCAGACAGUGUUUCCUGUGCUGCUGCCUGGACUGGAGGCUCUGCUGAGAGAAGCUCAGACUCACGGCUGCUUCCAGAGGAAAAUUACUGCGUUUAACCCCUGUGACUUCCUCACUGAGUGGCUCUAUAACCACAACCCCUGCAGACGAGAGCAGCUCCCGGUGGACUUUGACGACAUCCCGUUUGUCAAGGAGCAUCUCAGGAUGCACCCCAGGCCUCCCAUCCCUCUGUUCCUCCUGCUGGCGGAGGAUCAGGCUGCUCUGCUCAUUCAGGCCUUCUGGAGGGGAUAUAAGAUCAGGACUCGCCCAGAUGUACAGGAGCUGCGCUGCUGGCAGAAAGAACUGAGAAAAAAACGUGACAUCACCAAAACCGUCCAAUGGUUCUGGAGGCAACAAGAGAGACGAGUGGGUUCGCUGAUGGCAGAUCUUCCAGAAAGCCCCCAGCCAGGCAACUCUGAAGUGUCCAUCCAGGUGUUGUCCCCGACCCCCCAGAGCACGGUGGUCCACAGUCCCAGCACCAGGAUGAGCCCGGAUGAGCCCGGUGAUUGGCUCAGCCCCGGCCUGUUCAGCAGAGAGGAAACCGUCCUGGAUAUAAACCCCUGACUGCUACGUCUCCAUGGUUGUGUUAGCUCAGAUCAUUAGCUCCAGCUACGAGGUUCUUGUGGUGUUUAAAGGCCAUUAAACUCUGUUAGGUUGAUGUCCAACUGACCAAAGCGAUCAGUCAAACGAGCCAUUUAAAGGCCUGUAACCAGCUGGACAUGGCCAGGAAAAGAGGAUUUAUGGACUCAGAUCUGCGUCUAAUCAGUUUAUUGCUUUCAUUGCCUUUUUGAUGGAUCACUUCGCUUCACGGAUCUCACCCGACAAAUGAAAACCAUCUCACACGGGUCACAUGUUUUACUGUUGGGAGUGAAACCUCUUGUAACAGACUUAAUAUUUCCUCUCCGCUGAUACCUCACUGGAACAGAACCACAUUUCCUUGAUGUGUCUUUUCCUUUUUACUUAGCAAUUCAUAUCCCACCAAAAAAGAGGUCAGAGCGUUUCCAUUCAAGCUCGGGACUGAGACUUGUAUCCUGUUUACCAGAAGAGGAAGUUACUCUGCCAGCAAAACAGAAUAAAAGCUCUUAAAAACAUCACUGAGAUUCUUUGUAGGCGAUAACUAUGAAUGUCUAAUAGUUUGUUUACCACUGACAAUAACCUUGUAGAGCAUCUCUCUGGGUAGACUAAAUGUUCCACUAAUGCAACUAUUAAACUAUUUCCUCUGGGAUGAAUAAAGUUGGUCUGAUCUUAAUUACUACUUAGUUAUGUGAUGAUCAGUGUUGGUUUGUUUGUCUGUCUGUCUGUUAGCAACAUUACUCAAAAAUGGACUAAUGGAUUUGGAUGAAAUUUUCAUUGAAGAUCAGAAAUGACACAAGGACCAAGUGAUUAGAUUUUGGCAGUGAUGCGGCUUAUAGUCUGGAUCCACGGAUAGUUAAGGAUUUCCGUAUCAUUGCCAGAAAGCGGCACGGCAUCACUGUAACCAUGACAACAAGUGAACACUACAUCAGCUGCAUUGCUGAUGAUCACAUGAUUGUGAUCCUACAACAAAUCCACCACUGCAGACUUAUCGGGACUUGUCCAUCAGAAAUGAUACAAGGAACAACUGAUUAAAUUGUGGGGGUGUUUCUGAGUCCCAUCAAUUACCGCCGCCCGCUACAUAUUUAGGUCACGCGAUUCAGUAACAUAACGUACAAAUGUGUAACACAUGCCUGUGCUCAGCGCAAGGUCAUUUUGUUUGUGGGUAUAUCUAUAUUAAAUGCUAUGUUGCUGUGAUUUGUUAUCAUCAAUAUCUAAUAAACAAAUACUGCAUUUCUGACAAUGCAAUAUGGGGAAAUGAACA